UCUAGGCUUCUAUGUAGAUAUGUAUGAAACUUAUUUCAAAGCCUGCACAUUAUUAAUACUGACAAAGGACCCACAAGGGAUUAAAUAAAUUUCUUGUAGGAAAAAAUAGUAAAUCCACCAUAGUUUAAUCAGGCACAGCAAUUAAUGUGAUCACAUGAAUUGGGUGGUCAUUGAGCUUGUGAUGAGCUUCUGGGUUUGAUUUUAUUGGAUACAUAUUUGUGUUUCUGAUAGGGAGAAGUCAUGGCCAAGAGUGUUUCUGAUACUGAAAUGGGUGUUAGAGACUCUGCUGGCUCUGUAUCCAAUCAUGCAGGCAAUGGUUCUCACUUUUAUAUAGAAGAGCCCUCAUCAGUGAUGCAGGAUCAGCUGCAGGAAGACCACCCAAAGAGUGCACACAGGCUUGGUCAUGAUCCAUGGUACCAGUUGGGUCUGUUGCUUGCUGCAAGUUUCAACUGUGGGUAUAUUCUGGGGUUCUCAAAUUUUAUCAUGAAACCCUUGGGAUGGACCUGGGGGCCACUCCUCAUGGCUGUUGUGGCUGUUAUAUCAAUCUAUGCAAAUUGGUUGCUUUCAAAACUCCAUAUAAUAGAUGGAAAAAGAUUCAUUAGGUACAGAGAUCUGAUGGGAUUUGUUUUUGGAAGACAGAUGUAUUAUGUGACCUGGAUUCUGCAGUUUCUUCUCUUCAUUUUGGGAAAUAUGGGAUUCCUUAUACUCUCUGGAGGAGCUCUCAAGCAAAUAUAUAUGGAAGCUAGCAAUUCUUCUAAAAUGACUCUUCAAGAGUUCAUUAUCAUUUCUGGAGUUGUAUAUUUUGUGUUUUCUUUUCUUGUACCACACUUGUCAGCUAUGAGGAUGUGGAUUGGCAUUUCGGCAUUUCUAACCUUCAUAUACAUUGUGAUUUUGAUGAAGAUCUCAAUAUCAGAUGGUAUGUCAAAUUCAAAGAAUUAUAACCUACUUGGUUCAAGGGCAGAUAAGGUUUUCAAUGGAUUUAAUGCAAUUGCAUCUAUUAUCUUUGCAAGUAAUAGUGGAAUGGUUCCUGAACUUCAAGCAAGUUUAAGAAAACCAUCUAUCAAGAACAUGCAUAAAGCUCUUUAUUUUCAAUUCACUGUUGGCCUUGCAGUAUAUUAUACAGUAACAAUAGUCGGUUAUUGGGCAUAUGGAUCAUCAGUAUCAACAUAUAUUCUUAAUGAAUUAAGUGGACCUAAGUGGGCAAAGAUCUUGGCAAAUACAACAGUCUACCUACAAAUCAUCGUAUCACAACAUAUGUUUUGUACUCCUGUACAUGAAACACUUGAUACAAAAUUCUAUCGCAUCAAUGAGAACGAGUAUUCUUCAUACAACAUGUUUGUUCGGUUUUCUUUGAGAUCUAUAUUUUUUACCAUAAAUACCUUUAUUGCAGCAAUAUUUCCAUUUUUAGGAGACUUUGUCAACUUGAUGGGAUCCGUGUCUCUUAUUCCAUUAACUUUUAUAUUUCCAAGCUUAAUAAUCUUAAAGGUGAAAGGAUCAAAAAUCAGCUUUUUUGAAACAAUAUGGCAUUUUCUUAUAGUGAUAACAUUUUCUUUACUUACAAUGGCAACAACAAUAUCAUCUUUUCAUUCUAUCAUAUCUGACGCUAAAACUUAUCAUUUGUUUGCAAAUACAUAGAUAAUAUUAUCAAGAGCAUAUGCUCUUUUAUGAUAUAUCAAAAUGUAAAAAUAAAUAUAUGUACUUGUUCUUUUUCAAGUAUUUAAAUAUGUUGAAAUUUUAUA